AAAAACAUUAGGAAAAGGCGCACACGCUUCCCGAGUAAUAACAGGUGCUCAACAACGGCGAGGUGGUGGAACUGUUGAUCGACCUCUUCCGUAGAGCCUUGGAGGGCACCCGGCCCGAGCUAGGCUUUCCGGACGCGGUGUUCGGACUUCAGGGGCCCGGUCGCAAAAGGGACAAGAGCGUCAUCGAAAAAGUGCGCCUGGUGCUGAACGCGCUGCCGUCUGUGGCAGACAUGCAACGGUGCAUCAGGCGGGAGGGAAGCCUUGGCAACGAGGCGAAACCGAAAGCCAGCGUCGGAGAGCUUCAUUCGCCGCCACCUCUUGUUUCGCAAGUGCGUGGUGGUAGUGGUGGUGGAGUUUGGGGCUCUGCUGCCUCUGUCUCUGCUGCUGCUGCUGCUGCUGCUGCUGCUGCUGCUGCUGUUCAAGUUGUUGCUGGUGUCGGGGCUCGGUUUGGAGUUUCGGAGGCUGUUGCUGGUGUCGGUGAUGGCGGGGGGGAUGACGAGGGCGGCGACGCGGGGACCAGGGAACCCCCUAACGGAGAGGAUUCACCGCUGAAUGAGGCCUUCUCGAAGAUCAACCCGCUGGCUGCUGCCUUUGCCUCUGCUGGUGCUGAUGCUCGUGCUGAUCGUCGUCAUGAGGCUCGGUUUCGACCUACGGGGGCUGUCGCUGGUGUCGAUGUUGGCAAAGGAGGUGGCGAGGGCGGCAAAGGGGGGGAAAGGAAAUCCCCUACCGGAGAGGUUUCACCCCUGAAGGAGGCGUUGUCGAAAAUCAACCCGCUGUCGUACCCCCUGCUGGAGUGGCUGCUGUCGACGGCUCAUGGAGGGGAGCUGCAUCUGUUGAAGGAAGCUGAAGCUAUCCAAGGGAUUUCAUGCAAGAAGCAGUUCGUGCUCACAGACACCUCAGAGCGAGAGGAGCGUUUUCAGGCGAUGAAGCGGGAGGCCGCGGCUUCGUUGAACGGAACAGGAUCAUUUUUCGCCUUCCACGGCAGCGCUCCGGGCAACUGGCACGGAAUCCUUCGCUUGGGCAUCAAGAACAUGUCCGGCUCGGAGUACAUGUCGAACGGGGCCACUAGCGGCCACGGCAUCUACAUGGGUGGAAGCCUUGCUGUGUCGCUUUCGUACACGAGGGAUACCACUUUGGCUCGAGCUGCGAUGAGGCUGAGGGCGGCCGAGCAGAGGGCGACCAGGCUGAGGGCAACCCCUUUUCCAGCGUCGACGGCGAUCGUGCCGACGCCAGCGGUCGUGGCCGGUGCUGCUUCUGCUGCUGCAACUUCUGCUAGCGGUACAGACCCCGCAUUUACACCUACCGCUGACAUUCCUGCCAACGCUUGCGCUUGUGGCAUCAACCCUUGCGCUGUCGCUACUUCUGCUGCUGCUGCUGCCGCUACUGCCGCUGCUCGUCUUCAUGCUUGCGCUCGUGAUGCUACUGGGGCCUGUGGUUCCAGUACAGCUGCUGAUGCUACCAAUACUACUCCUGCUGCCACUGCCUUUGGUGGAAGCCUUUCGACGCAAGGCGUUGCAUUUUGCGGUAGCGGUGGGUACGGAAACUGGAUGAACCCAGCCGCCGUCAACAGACCGACCCAGGCAGCAAGGGCCAGUAGUAGUUCCAAUACGGCUGUCAAUGGUACGAGUGUUGCUCCUGCUGCCACGGCCUCUGUUGGAAGCCUUUCGACGCAAGUCAUUGCAUUUCGUGGUCGUAGCAGGUACGGAAACUGGAUGAACCAAUCCGCCGUCAACAGACCGACCCAGGCUGCCAGUGCCAGUGGUUCCAAUGCGGCUGCCAGUGCUGCCGGUGUUGCUCCUGCCGUCACUGCCUUUGGUGGAAGUCUUUCAACUCAAGGCGUUGCAUUUCGUGGGCGCGGCAGGCACGGAAACUGGAUGAACCAAUCCGCCGUCAAGAGACCGACCCAGGCUGCAAGUGCCAGUGGUUCCAAUACGGCUACCAAUGCCCCCAGUGCUGCUCCUGCUGCCACUGACUUUGGUGGAAGCCUUUCGACGCAAGGCGUUGCAAUUCUCCCUGGCGGCGGGCACGGGCACGGGGUGAACCACUCCAGGGUCAACCGACCAGCCGCGAGUGCCCCCAGUGCUGCUCCUGCUACCACGGCCGGGGUGAACCAAGCCGCCGUCAACAGACCCACUCAGGCAACAAUCGUCAGUGGUUCCAGUACGGCUGCCAAUGCUACGAGUGUUGCCACCGCUGCCUUAGUUGGAAGCCUUCCGACGCAAGGCGUUGAAUUUCGUGGUGGCGGCGGGCACGGGAAUAGGGGUGGACCCACCCGCCGUCAACUUGCCGCAAGCACCUGCAAUCGUUGCUAUCUGCGAAGUCAUCGACAGACCGGGAUGUAACAAGCGAAACAGGUGCUUGGUCAUUCCGGACGAGAGCUGCGUGGCAACGAGGUUCCUCCUGAUCGACCCCCGCAGGCCAAGUCUCCGCGUGGUCGAUGGUGACUUGGCGGCCGCCGCGGCAACACGGUACGCCAGCAUUCACCCCGCCCUGUAGCGUCAUCACCAACGAAUGACAUCAGUGAUCCCGGCCAUGAGGGUCGGGGUUGGUACCGGUGUCCAUGCGGCACUGUCGGCGGGCAGUGGCGGCGGUGGGCCACAGGGUAGCCAGUAGUAACGUACGUCGCGUAAUAAUGCAGGUGUGGAGAUAAUGAGGGACUGUUGCGAGGUAGCGGUGCGCGGCGUUCGGCGUAACGCAUGUUGGCCAACGUUCCUCGACUUCCAUCAUCCAAGGAAACCACGAUCCUUGGAAUGUGAUUGUUGUGUUUUUUCGUCGAUCGGCCUGGCCGGUCGAUCAGGUGUGGUUGCCUCCCCCCUCAUGCAGAAUUUUUUUCCUCGAUGUUCCAUUUGUCGAAGUUGAAGGCCGCAUUAUUAUUGCUCGGGGGCCAUUAUGAGCAAACGGCUACUGCUGUCGCCGCCGCUGCCGCCGCUGCCGCCGCUACCGCGGCUGCUGCUGCUGCGGCGGUCGUCCUCGCCGCCGCCCACAUCGGCAGUGCCGGUCGACGUGGUAGAUGGGGCGACGCUCGCGCUCUCCCUGCUCGAGGGGGCGCCAUCGCCAGCGCCGCCCGCGCCCGACUCCUGGGGCGCGGCCGGCGGUGCCGCCGGCGCUGCGCGCGCGGGCGGCCCCGCGGGCCCUGGGGCUGCCGUCGUGCCAAGGUUGAAACCUGGUCCUCCAUCCACAGGUUCUCUCUCCGCCCUCCCUCCACCUUGGUUCGACGCGCCCUCCCCAACCUCGUCCUCCUCAGCCGCGAAUUCCUCUUCCUCCUCUGCGAUGGGAGGCAGCGACUGGGGCAGGGCGGCGGGGGCGGCGGGCACGGAUUGCCAGGUGAAGUUGCGAGUUGUGAUCGCUCGGCGUUUUUCGUUGAGGAUGCGCACGCAAUCACGGCAGGGGUUGAUUCCCGGGCCGAGGUAAAAACACUUUUGGGCUUUUGGCUCGGACUUAUGUGUGCGCUUGACCUUGUACUUCAAGUAUACGGCAGGUUUGAGGAACAGGUACGUCGCCCCCGGCGGGGGAGGGUGCCCGUGCCACAUCUCGUACGGCGACUUCUUCUCUGGGUUGGAUGUGGUGGAGGUGCAGUUCAGGGCGUUGCAUGACCAAGCUAUGGCCUCGGCCCAAAGGGAUGGGUAGUUCGGUGCUCCGGGGUAAAGAGUUGGCGCUUGGAUACGGGCGGCUAGUGCUGCAUCCUUGAUCAGACCCAGUGCUCUCUCAGCUACA